AUGCACAUGGACACUGACAUAGACGAUGACCCAACAAGGAGUGAAAAGAAAGGAGGCGUCCAAAAAACCUAUCUGCACUUUUUCUCUGGAUCUGGGUGUUGGUCAUACCUUGGUCGUCAAAGAGGAAGGCAGCUAGUCUCUUUGCAGAAAAAUGGCUGUGUGCGCCAUGGCAUUGUGCAACACGAGGUUCUUCACGCUCUUGGAUUUCACCAUGAGCAAGUUCGGUCUGACCGAGAUGCUCACGUCAGAAUUUUAUUUCAGAACAUCAUUUCAGGAUUUGAAAGAAACUUUCAGAAGGUGAACACCAACAACUUGGGUACUCCCUAUAACUUUGACUCCAUCAUGCAUUACAGCAAAUUUGCCUUCUCCAAAAACAGACAACCAACUAUUGUCGCUAAAACAAACCCUGGCCGUAUGUUUGGUCUUUCAACAAGGAUGACUCGCAAUGACAUUGCACGUGUCAAUGUUCUAUAUAGAUGUCGUAGCCUGAAGGCGCUGGCCAGCUGGGAGAACAACAUGUCUGUCAAAACAGGCUACAAGUUGACCCAGAAGGUACUGGUGCCCUCUUCAAUCGAGAAGCAGAGCGUCGGGCUCAUCAUGGCGGUUGUCAACCCCAACACGGUCGUCAGGCUUAGGCUCCUCGACUUGACCACGGCCUAG